AUGUCGACCAUCAACAUUGUGAAAUACUACUUCUACCGGGGAAUGCUCCCUGAAAAUCAACAGAGGCUGCGAGACUUGGUCGCCCUUGCCUACCAGACUGCAAGAGACAGGAAACUCUACCCCAAGGCCAUCCUCAUCAGAUCUCACGAGCACUCCAGUACCAGUCAAGGAGGUGUACAUAAGCCUGAUCCCUUGGGUUGGCAUGUCACUCUCUGUUUCAAAGACGACGUCCAGCUUACCAACAAUACCCAUUUUGCUUCUCAUGGCUACGUCAAGGGAAAAGGGGACUUGACUUUCCUUCAAGCGACUCAUUCGGGGCCGAAGCCAGACUCCCGUCUGAAGUCGAAUGGAAAGCCAGUAUGGCCUUCUGAAACAGACUUAGAUGUUGCACCGGAGAUUGGAUAUGGCCACUUCCCAAAUGCUGAUAGUGUUUAG